AUACUCCUCCCUCCAUGCAUUUUUAUUUAUCCGUUUAAUUUGGCACAUUUGUAAGAAGUAAUUCAUAAAAUGAUAAUUUUGCUAUGUCACUCUUUUUGUAAAUUCAAUAUUUGAGAAAUGAUUAUAGUUAAUAAGAACAGUAAAUUAGGAACUAAGUGAUAUUUUGUCUUGAUUUUGCAAACUGAAUAAGUAAAAGUGGACAUUUAUUUUUGAUAUAGUGGAUAAGUAAAAUUUGACGGAGGGAGUAUAAAUAAGAAAUCCAUGCCAACCUCAUAUAUACCUCAUAUUUCCUUGAUCAUAGCUAUUAGUUCCUUUAGCUUUAAUGGAGUCACCAAUAUCAGUAUCACUAGAACUUAUUAAUGAUGAUAAGCCUCAAGUGGAAGAAGAACUAAUUUCUUUAUCUUCAUCUAUGGCUGAGACAAGUACAAGACCUCUUUCAAGAAGUACAACUGGUCAUCAUUUUGUUAUGGGGAAACAUCGUAUGGCUGCUGCUAUUACUUCUCUCGAUCAGCAAAUCCAAUUUAUUCAGGAAGAAUUGGACAAGCUUGAAUCAUAUGGAGAGGCCUCCAUAGUCUGCAAAGAAUUUCUUUCAGUCGUAGAAGCCAAACCAGAUGCUCUGCUUCCAGUGACCAAAGGACCAUCAGAUGUUAAAUGGGAUAGAUGGUUUCAAGGAGCCAAUGGGUCAAGACGUAACAGACGCUGGAUCUGAAUUCCUAAUUGUCUCAUCGAAAUAUCAAAGAUAUUUAAUAAAACAUCUGGAUUAUCCUUCUUAUAUAUAUACAAUCUCAGAAAAUUUUAUUUGUAUAUUUUCUUUUU